UACCCUGCUGUUACCUUUCAUCUACUAGGCUUUAAUAGCAGGUCCUAGCAUGUGACUUUUGUCCUGAGAGUCCUUGUCUGCAGCUGGGCUGGCAGAUGAUAAGUGCUGGUCGUCUGCAGCAGGUUGUGAGGGCUGUGAGCACAGAACAGCUGAGGUAAGGUCCUGUCAUGUGGCUCCCCCUGCUGGUGGUGUUAGCUCUUAUUCUCCUGUAUAGAUGGUACAGACAGAGUCAGAUCCUAGAAAAUCUCACAGAUAAAUAUGUCUUCAUCACUGGAUGCGACACUGGAUUUGGAAAUGUGCUGGCGAAGCAACUGGACAAACGUGGGAUGAAAGUGCUGGCGUCAUGUCUAACAGAGAAAGGGGCUGAGAACCUGAAGAAAGAGGCAUCAAGUCGACUACAAACAGUAAUUCUAGAUGUUGCAGACAGUGAGAGUGUCAGCUCAGCUGCCAAGUGGAUUGCUAGUAUUGUCGGAAAUCACGGUUUAUGGGGUCUUGUGAACAAUGCUGGCUUUGGAUUUGCGUUUGGGCCUAAUGCAUGGCAAACAAGAGCAGAUUUUGAGAAGGUGCUGAACAUAAAUUUAGUGGGACUUUUUGAUGUGACAGUGAACUUGUUGCCUCUCAUCAUAAAGGCAAGGGGGAGAAUUGUCAAUGUCUCCAGCUGUGGUGGAAGACUACCUGUCGUUGGGGGAGGAUACUGUCCAUCCAAAUUUGGCGUUGAAGCUUUAUCUGAUAGUCUCAGAAGGGAGCUUCGAGAUUUUGGAGUGACGGUUUCUAUAAUUGAACCGGGUGCCUUUAGCACAGCAUUGGGAACAGCAGAACCUCACUUGAAGAAUCUAGAACGCCUGUGGUCAAAUCUUCCUACACAAUUAAAAGCUUACUUUGGAGAACAGUACUAUUAUCAAUGCGCCAAGGACUUGACUUCUCUAACUGGCACCGGCAGCCCUAAACUCAACCUAGUCACAGACUGCAUGGAGCAUGCCCUGACUGCUGUUCACCCAUGGACAAGAUAUUCCGCUGGCCUGGACACCAAACUUUAUUACCUGCCUGUGUCUUACUUACCUACUGUCUUAUCUGAUUAUCUGAUGUGUCGAUCAUUACCCAAACCAGCACAUGUUGUGGCAUAAACAUAUAUAAGAAUAUGCUGAGUACUGAAAUGUUAAUCUUCAUUAAGGUAAUAUAGAGUCCAAUCUGGCUAUUUUUACCUUAACGAUGCUCUGCCAUAAAUUUUGAUAUAUUGUAUAACAUUGGUUUGUAAUUGGUUUUGAUAAAAAUCUAUGGGGUAUCAAUUAACUAUAUGGCAAUUUGAAUGGCGCUCAUUUUGCUUAAUUUACAUGCAGCAAUCACCUUUAGUUUAGGAGAUUAAACAGUCGUUAAUGCGAUCAUUUGCUCAUACAGUUUCAUUAUUGUUGGCAGCACAUCCCUGUUUACACAGGUCUAUGCGCUGUUGACCAACAAUAAUUUAAUCUCUGCAUGAAAGAUUAAAUCAGGCAAGAAAGGAACGUUCACCUAUUCAUCAGCCUGUGUUAAUGGGCCUUAAAGGGGAUGCCUGGUCUUUUGGCUUUUUUUAACUAGUCCAAGUAACAUGCUGUACCUAAAAAUGAUACUAACAUCACUGCUGGGUCAUGUGUUGCCUGGGGAAAUGUCCCCACCAAGGACAAUCAUUGGCUACAGUGGCACACCGCAUCCCCACAUUACCACAGUCUGUACUUCAUGUCUCCUCCUGAACUCCAUUCCUACAGAGAUUCAGCUGAAGAUCCUUUCAUCUGUAUUCAGGAUUAUAAUCCUGGACAACAGAGCAGCGAGGAGGCUGAGGUGGCUCUUUAGCUCAGUAUUGGGAAGUAAAUUGCCCUGCCUUGUGAUUAGGACAGGUUUUGUGUGUAGUAAUAGGAUGGUUGCCAUUUUAUUUCUCCUAAUGUUUGCUCCCUAAACAUAAAGAGCCAUUAUAACUAAUAAAAGGUAAUUGGGAAAAAAGUUAUCAUAAAGUAAUAUUUAAGCAUUUUUAGUUGUUCUAUUUUUUAAUUCCCCAAGAAUACCUUGAAGUCAAGAGUUUCCAGAGCAGAAUCCAGGAACAUUUUUGAAUUUGGGUCCUUGGUUCCUGCAAGUCUGAAUGCAGAUUUUGAAAUCUAUGGUUUUAUUAUCUAGGUGUGAAUGGCUAGGAUCCACAGUUAUGCCAAUGUCAAGCUGUUUCCAACUCAUUGACGUGUUCUGGACCUAGCCCGUCACACCCUAAUUGUACCAUAUUAUGUCUCAGUAUAGAAUCAGAAUUUUAUGUGUUUGUGGUAGUUAUAUCUAUGUACUGUUGUUACUUUAUCAUUUAAGGGGUGUAGCGAGC